AUGGCUUUAGAAAACCAACAGUUACAGGCCGCUAUUGAGAGAAACAAUAUUAUAAGCAUUAACUAUGAUACUUUUGAAAACACUGAAGUUAUGGCAAGAGGGGCUUUUGGUGAAGUUUCUCGCGCUUAUUGGAAAAGUGGUGAAAAAAUUGUCGCCUUAAAAAGUCUAUAUGGCAAUACUCAAAUGGGAGCUGAAGGGUCUUUUGAAGAAUUUUUUAGAGAGCUUCAAUUAAUUCGUUCAGUUGAUUUUCAUGAUAAUAUAAUAAGAUUUUAUGGUGUUAGUGAAGAUCCAGCAACGCGGAGAUAUUUUAUGGUGUUAGAAUACGCCAAUGGCGGGGACCUUCGAUCUUACUUACGUAAAAACCAUCAAUCAAUUAGUUGGAAAAUGAGAAUAAAUAUGGCCAAGCAAAUUUCUAGUGGCCUCAAAUGCAUUCAUGAACGUAACAUAGUACACAGAGAUUUACACUCAAAGAAUAUAUUGGUGCAUGAUGGAAAAAUGAUGAUUACAGAUUUUGGAUUGUCAAAAUCAUUGGACAAUAAUGAAACAUCCCUCGUGGGUGGUAUGGUUGGUUAUAUUGAACCGCUAUGUUUUAUAAAUUCAUCUUAUAAAAGAGACAAGGCAUCAGAUAUAUAUAGCUUAGGUGUGUUGUUGUGGGAGUUAUCAAGUGGGAGGCCGCCAUUUGACAAUAUGGGGAUUUUAGAUAUAGCCAGUGCUGUUGUUCAAGGAAGAAGAGAAGCCCCAAUUAAUGGAUCACCACCUGAAUAUGUAGCGAUCUAUCAGAUGGCUUGGAAUAAUCAACCAAAAAAACGACCCACGAUAAAUAAAAUUCGUGAUGAUCUUGACAAAUUAUCAAUACAGUCAACUGAGGAUGGAGACAAUCUUAAUACAAACAAUUUCGCUGCAUUAUCUUUAAAUUCACCGGGAAAAAAUCAUUUAGUAGAUUCACCCAUCAUAGAGAAUAAAGUGCUUCCCUCGAAUAAUUUCGCAGCAAAUUUUGGCGUGCAAAGUUCAUCUGUACAACGUCAACCAACAAUACCUUAUGGUGUGGCUGAAUCAAUGAAUCCUAAUAAGAAGUUUAUAAUACGAGAUAGUUAUGCUCAAUCAAACAAUGGUAAUACUGGACAAUUAAUGAGCCCACCAAAUUCAAAUGAAAUUCUCACUAAGCAGAAUACGAUACCACUAGGCGUAGCGGAAUCGAUGAAUCCCAAUAAACAAAGUAAUGCAAGGUUUAGUUAUUCUCAGUCAACUAAUCAAAAUUCAUCAGUUGCACCAUCCAUUCCUUUUGGAGUUGCUAGUUCUAUGAAUCCGCUUAAAUCAAAUACAUUAGACACACUUUCGAAUUACCUGCCAGCAAAUAAUACAGCUCCGAUUCCAAAUUUAAUGUUAUACGGUACAAUUCAACAACCUCAGGUCCAUCAAAUGCCCCCUAAUCAACAACCAAAUCAGUAUACGCAUAUGCCGACAGCUAAUACGCUACAAAGAAAUAAUACUGUUAACCAAUUCACAAAUUUCCCGCCAAACCUUCAAAGGAGCAACACUAUAGGUCACACUCCACAGAAUGUUGGUGGUAUGCCCACUACUAUAAAUCAGCCUCAAUUUAAUAAAUUACCACUGCCUUCUACCAAUAAUAAUUCUCAAGGAUUCCAAGCACCUCCAACACAACCGCAAUUUCCUCAACAUCAACAACCUCAGCAGCCUCAACAUCAACAACGAUCUCAGCAGCUUCAAUACCAACAGCCUCAACCACCCCAGCAGCCCCAACAAUCACCUCAACAGCCUCAAUACCAACAACCUCAACCACCUCAGCACCCUCAAUACCAACAACCUCUACCACCCCAACAACCUCAACAACGACCUCAGCAGCCUCAAUAUCAACAUCCUCAACCACCUCGGCAACCUCAAUCAUAUUCACCUCAGCAGCCUCAAUACCAACAACAUCAACAACCACCUCAGCAACCACCUCAGCAACCUCAAUACCAACAACCUCAACCACCCCAGCAGUCUCAAUACCAACAACCUCAACCACCCCAGCAGGCUCAACAACAACGACCUCAGCAGCCUCAAUAUCAACAGUCUCAAUUCCAGCAAUCUCAACAGCCUCAACAACAAUAUCCUCAACAACAGCCCUCAAAUCAACCUCAACAACGUCUUCAGCAGCCUCAAUUCCAACAACCUCAACAACCUCAACAACAUCCUCAACAACAGCCCUCACAAAACUAUAAUAGUAUGCAAUACUUUCCACCGCGUCCUAAUCAAUAUCCACAAAAUCAAAAUAUUCAACCAAUGCAAUAUUCAAAUCAAUCACAAUAUUUUCAAAGAGGUAAUUCUAUUGCCUUACCAAUCCGACCACCUACAUAUAAUAAUCAUCUAUCGCAAAAACCUUCACGACCUCCUAAUCAGUUUUCUCAUCCUCCAUCAUAUAUUCAACGCCCACUUCAUCCAUCACAAAACCCACACAAAUGUACAUGUGAUGAUACGAUGACAAAGUAUGUCGAAGAAUUUCAAAACACUCGUGGCUAUAGCAAACCAACUCAAUGUCAUGCAGGUUACCACGCAGGGAUUGGAGACAUCGAAGGAUUAAGAUGGCAUUUAUUUUAUGAUAAAAAAGUGGAUGGAACUUAUAAUUUUAGUGAUAUGACGGAUAAGCUGGUGUUAAUUACUGCAAAAUUUUGUGGAAGGAAAAGUUUAAAUGCUAUGUUUCUAUGCCUUAAAGAAUAUGGAGCGAAUUUUAAUGUUACAACGAAGAAAACCGAAAAAACAGCAUUUCAUUUAUUAUUCGAUAAUUUUAAUCUGUGUAAUAAAAUAACUUAUGCUAAGGAAAAACUCGAAAGAUAUCACAAUGUAUUUUUUCAGGCAGUUAAGUUCCUGAAAGAAAUGGGAUGCAAUAUUAAUGCAAAGGAUAAAGAUGGAUAUACAAUAUUAGCACGUUAUCUAGGAGAAUUAUUUUUACAUGAAGAAAGAGUACCAAUUAUAGAAUCAUUAUUGAAUAAUGGAGCAGAUCCAAAUAUAUCAGUAAGUUUAAAUAAUUGGGGAGAAUUUGAUGCAAAAACAGCUUUAUUACUUGCAGUGAGAAACAAAUGGCCAACUUCUGUAUUAGAAUUAAUCGUCAAACAUAAAGUAGAUGUUAAUGCUAGUAAUAAAGAAAACAAAAAUGCAUUAUCCAUAGCUACUGAAACUAAAGAUCAUAAAACAAUGGCUUGGAUGUUGGAACACGCUAAUCUUGACCAUGAGAGUAUUAAAAUUGCUAAAAAAUUUGCUGGAAAUUUUACUACUAAAGAAUCUCAAUUAUUAAAAUCUUGGAAAAAAAAGUAA